AUGGAGGCGGCGGAAGCCGCCGCUCAGCAGGCCGCGGAGGCGGCGGCAGCGGCGGAGGCGGCUGCGGGGGCAGCUGCGGAGGAGGAGGAGGCCCCCUCCAGCGGCCUGCCCGCGGGUGCGGAGGAGGAGGAGGCCGGCGCCGCGGCCGAGACGGCCCCGCUGCUGGAGGGCCGCUCGUCGCUGGCCAGUCAGGACGAGGCCGCUGGCUUCAGAUGCGACAGAGGGAGCCUGCAGGUCUACGUCGAGGGCGUGCCCCACGAUUUGCAAUACGCCCAGGCCCGCUCGUCGCUGGCCAGCACGGACAGCCAGGCCGCGGACGCGGCCGCCCGCCCGUCCUGGGCGCCGCCGCAGCCCCGCUCGUCGCUGGCCAGCCAGGCAGAGGUGGGGGCCGCCCGUCUGUCCCAGGUGCGGCCGCAGCCCCGCUCGUCGCUGGCCAGCCAGGCAGAGGCCGCGCUGCAGCCCCCGCCCCAGCAGGAGGAGGCCGCCGCUCCCGCGAGGGACAGGGGGAGCCUCCAGGUCUAUGUCGAGGGCAUGCCGCACGCAGUCCCGCAGUACGCCCAGGCCCGCUCGUCGAUGGCGAGCACGGCCAGCCGGGCAGCGGCGGGCGCCCGCCCGUCGCAGGCCCGCGCGUCGCGAGCCCGCGCGUCGCGGGCCGCAGGUCGCGCGGGCCGGCGUAGUCCGGUGGAGCGAAAAUCGAAAAGCCCGCCGCCGCAGCGAAGCCCGCCGUGA